AUGUGUGGUAGAGUAGUGUGUGUGUGUGUGUGUGUGUGUGUGUGUGUGUGUGUGUGUGUGUGUGUGUGUGUAAGGGGAGAAACGACAAGGAAAGGGAAGGUCCCGGCAACGGUGUUGGCACGGAGCUGUCGCAGGGGGCCAGCACCUGGAGCGGCGGGGACCUCGCGCGGCCGGGGCGGGGCCGGGCGAGAGGGGCGCGGGCGCAGAAGGCCGGGUGAUUGGGGAUCGCGCCGCUCACGCCGCCGCCUCAGCUCCCCCGUAAUCGCCGAGAAUGGGUUGCCCCCCGACCGCGUCUCUCCGCCGCCGCGCCCCGCCCUCCGCCCCCCUCCGCUCUUUCCCCCGCUCCCGCGGCCACAGGCCCAGCUGGCGCUGGCGGCGCACGCGCAGUGCUCCGAAGGGGCUCGGACAAACUUUGGUGCAAGCAGGGCAAUCCAGUGUGCGACGCGGUGCAACGCUCGUGACAUUUGGGGGUGGGCGGGAUUUGCAACGCCCUCGCGGCGGUCGGUCUAUCGAGAGAUGUUGGCGUCAGACAUCUGGACCCUGGGCGUUGCCGGAGCAAGCCCAAAAGUACCCGAAGGUCGCUUGGCCGGCUGGGGCUUUAGGAGCGCUACUACCGAAUCGUUGAGGUCAUUAGUCACCCCGAAAAAUCAACCAGUCGAGAACAUAAAAGCGUACGCCCCCCCUCCCCCCGACUGUGAUGGCGAGCUGAACGUGGUGGAGGCGCUGCAGGAGUUCUGGCAGAUGAAGCAGGCCCGAGGCGCCGACCUGCGCAACGGGGCGCUCGUCAUCUACGAGUCGGUGCCGGCGUCCAGCCCUCCCUACGUGUGCUACGUCACUCUGCCCGGCGGCUCCUGCUUCGGGAGCUUCCAGCUCAGCCGGGCUCCUUGA